UUUAUUAUAAAAAUGUCAUCAAUAAAGCAGAAUUCAUUAAUAAUGACUGAUUUUUACACAAAUGGUGAUAAUAUUUUUAAAAAAAAUUUAAAAGAAAUAGAAGAAAACCUUUUAAAAACCGAUAUAAUGCUUAUCAAAAAAGAUGAAAACAUAUUUUCAACAAUUUUAAACAAAACUGGUGAUAAAUUAUUUAUUGACAAUUUGAUAGAAAACAAAAAAUUUCAUGAUCGAUCAAGAAACACCAAAGGAUUCAAAAAACAAGCAACUACUACUAAAAGCAAAAGUGUUAUUGAAGAGAAAAAAACAGUAUAUUUCCAAAAUGUCAAUAAAACACCAUCAGAAAGUAAAUUACGAGAUAAAAAAAGCAAAAAAGAAAUUAAUAAAAUAAUACUCAAGAGUGAAAAAGACAAAAAGCAAAAAAAAGAAGAAGAUGAAAAAACUAAUUACAAUGAUAAAAUUGUAAAUAUAUUCACUUUUUCUAAUAAUGACUCUAAAACUUCAUGUCAAAGUAGCUCCAAUGAAAAACUAUCGAUAAACAAAAGUGAAAAUAAAAUAAAUUAUUCGUGGCAAGAUAUUAAUAGUUGGUUAUCCCCAUUGCAAAAGAAAGAUAUAAAUAAUAAUCAAAAAACUUUUCAUUUAAAAAAAACUUAUUCAUGGGAAAUUUUUGGAAUUGAAACACAAACGUCAAAUUGCACUUUAUCAAAUAUUGGUACAUCUUAUUAUACAAAUAAUAAACAUGAGUGUACUGUAAAAUAUUCGUGGGAAAUAAUAGGAAAAAGUACACAAGUCUCAAUAAACGAUUACAAAAAUCAUUUUAUUUCCAAUGAUGAUUAUUGGCAAGGUACAAUUCUUUUGCCAAAAAAAAAUUAUUCUUCUCAAAAAAAUAUCAAUUCAAAAUGUCAAGAAUCUUCAAAUAAAAUUCGUAUUUUAUAUUGCGAGAGAACACAAACUUCAAGUGAUAAAGAAACUGAAACUGAAUUUACAAAUUGCCGUAUUAAAUAUUCAUGGGAAAAUUUAAUUCAACAAUAUGCAAAAUCAUCUAAAUUAAAAAAAAUUGAUAAUUGUGAGAAUUUUCCUACUCAAAUUGAAUCACUUAAAUCAAUUUAUCGAAAAUAUUCUUGGGAAAAUUUAAUAAAUCAACAUUUAAAUUUUUAA